ACACACAUUCGUUAGUCUGUACAUCACCACUCAUUGGUUUCCGUUCAACACGUUACACUUACAUAUAAACGCCAAAAUUCUUCCAUUUUCUUUAAAACACCCUCUCUUUUUCUAAAUUUUCUCCUUCUUUUCCUCACUCUUUUUUUUCCGGAAAAUCUUCCAACAUUGUAUUCAUGUCGGACACGGGUCGACCACUACCAAAGUUUGGUGAAUGGGAUGUCAAUGAUCCAGCUUCAGCUGAAGGCUACACGGUGAUUUUCAACAAAGCUAGAAAUGACAAAAAGACAGGUGGUGGCAAACCAGAGUCACCUGCAAAGGUUAAUCCUCGUACCAGACGACCUCCGUUAGAUCCAAGCAAAACACAAAGUAAAAAAUGUUUUUGUUGCAUACAAAGUCCUCCCGUGGAGUCAUAGUUAUGGUUGCUCGUGUAAAAGAUUGAACAGAAGACCGUGUUUAUAUGUAAUAGUUGCUUCCAACGAUUUCUCAAGGAUAGGAGUUGAGGGUAGUAGAUGAAUUAUGUUAUGCUUAUAUGCUAUAAAAGCGAGUUUGCAACAAGGAAAAGUAAAGAAAACAAACUUUUAUCCAUAUAUAUAAAGUGGUUUAUCCAUAUGACUAA